AUGGGACACACGGUUGACCUUGUUGGAUACGACGGUCGAGUUGCUUUACGUUAUGAGCUUUCCCACAGCACUGUAGAGAUGCAGGAAACCUUGUUUUUGGCUCACUCCCCAAUCGCAGAUCGAACAGAUCCCAAUUUGAACCCGGAUCAGUUACUCAAUGGGUCAAAGGCUUCGCAAAAUGACAAACGCUCUCUCGCGACCUUGGAGUUGCGCCCACCCGUCUGUCCGGAAGUCAAACGAUCCCCUUCAGCUGUUGGCAGACAUACUCCAUUCGUUCUUAUACUUCUCCUUGAGGAGAAUGUCGGUUUUGAAGUGGUCUCAAUGUGA